AUGCUUCCACAUGGGUCCCGCAAAUCAUCCAGAACGCGGUCUCUACCACGGGACGGUCCCUCUUCUGGUGGGCAAUCAGUGAAUCAUCAUACAGCCUCGAGAGAUGUUAGCUCCGAACGAGCAAGUUUCUUCAAAGAGUUUGGACAAAGCGUUGAUCCAACCCACCGCAGACCUGUGUCGUCAAGUCCUUUGGAAAACGGAUAUCGUAGUGAGAGUGAGGGAAGUCGGAGCGGAAAUGAUACCCACGGGGGGAUGAAAUCUAGGGGUAGAAGUAGGGGAAGUCAGGACGGAUAUGGUACAGACAGAAGUACGGUAUCUAGGGAUAGAAGUAGGGGAAGUAAGAGUGGCUAUGGUUCUGAUGGUACCAUUAGAAGUAGAACAAGGAAUGAUUUGCAUAGUAACUCGGACUCAGCAAAUCGUUCAGGUCGGGCUCAGAGUCAGAAACCACGAUCAUCUUCACAAGCGUCGUCAACUCGUUCUAAGAGAGCUGAAUCGGCUACCUUGAUACCAGGUCAAGUUUAUCGUGAAUAUGACGUUCACAGUGAACAUAUAAGAUUAGGAAAGGAGGCUAUACCUCCUGACCAUGGACGAAGAGCUGGGUCAAAAAGUCGUCAGGAAACUCCCGAGAGGGGAAGAAGUACAAACUCUCAUAAAACCACUAGCGCGAGAUCAGUAUCAUCCGACGAGGUGAAACACUCGAACGGUCAGCUGGAUAUACCUAAAAACGUAGCAAACAAGGUCCAGAUCAACGAGCCAGUCUAUCACCCUGAAGGAGAGGCAGCAGAAUUGUGCGGUGACGUGCAGGAGGAGGAACAAAAAAUUAAACGAAAACCAAUCAGGGGCACAACGCAAUCACGAGGGGCAAAUUCGAGAUAUACAGAACCAAAACUGAAUCACCAUCGAAGUGGCAAUGAGAAGGGUUUAAGUGAAAAAUUCAGUUUCGAACCUAUCCGGCAACCUCCAGGUGAAGAGCAAACAAGAGAUGAAUCAAGAGAUGGAGCGUGGCAGAGAUUUGGCGGAAAGGACAGAACGAGAAACCAAAUUUCUCCAGCUGAUACAAACAGAGGGUCAGCAAAAAAAGAAGACUUUCUUGACAUCCGUGAAGGAUGGUUGAGAGGUAAAAGCCACCCAGAUAGUACACCGAAAGGGCUAGUAAAUCAAACGAAGUCGACACCUAAACGUUAUUACGCAAAGAAUAAGGGAGAUCCAAGCCCCGCAAGCGAUAAGGGUAGAAGUAGUUCACAACACUCAGAACAAUACACUCCCGAAAAAGACCCAUUCGCUGGAUACGAUGCCCCACCAGAGAAAACAAAGAAGAAGAAGGAGAAGAGUCCAUCGAGGGUAUUCAGAAAUUUUUUCAAUAGCUGGCGAACGUAG